AAUUCGCGGGAAAAACAGGACGGAUGAGCAUGGCGGGAGACGGCGGGCAGCCCCACACUGUGCGCAGAGGUCAUUAGGAAGAAAUGGAAGAGCGAAACCUGGAUCCGGCGCUGAGGGACGUCUGCAUGUCCUGCAGCCACCGGCAGCAAGGUGCCUCCGAGUCGUCGGUGAGGAGCGGGCAGGAGUGCACGGAUUUCAUGAUCACUCAGGCCGAAGGACAGUAUGUACUCUGCCGGUGGACGGAUGGACUCUACUACCUUGGAAAGAUCAAACGGGUAAGCAGCUCCAAGCAGAGUUGUCUCGUCACGUUUGAAGACAAUUCCAAAUACUGGGUCCUCUGGAAAGAUAUACAGCAUGCCGGCGUCCCCGGAGAGGAACCAAAGUGCAGCAUCUGUACGGGAAAGACGUCGGACCCCACGGACGAAAUCCUCAUCUGCGGAAAGUGCGGUUUGGGUUAUCACCAGAAGUGUCACGUACCUGUUGUGGACAGCAAUGGCAGCUGCCUUCUGGAGCCUUGGUUCUGUAGAAGAUGCAUCUUCGUUCUCGCGGUCAGGAAAGGAGGUGCUCUGAAGAAAGGGCCGAUCGCCAAAACCCUCCAAGCCGUGAAAAUGUUCUUGACAUACAACCCCAAGGAGCUGGAUUGGGAUUCGCCACACAGAACCAACCAGCAGCAGUGUUACUGUUACUGUGGGGGGCCCGGAGAGUGGUACCUGAAGAUGAUCCAGUGUUUCCGCUGCAGACAGUGGUUCCAUGAAGCUUGUAUCCAGUGCCUGAACGAGCCCAUGAUGUUUGGAGACAGAUUUUACGUUUUCUUCUGUUCUGUGUGUAACCACGGCUCUGAAUUCCUGAAGCGGCUGCCUUUGAGAUGGGUAGAUAUCGUACACCUCACCCUCUACAACCUGGGAGUUCUCAGCAAAAAGAAAUAUUUCGACUUUGAAGAAAUUCUGAAUUUCGUCAAUGCCAACUGGUACCAUAUGCAGCUCGCCAAGCUCUCGGCGACUCCAGCGGAAGAGAGAGGUCAGCAUCUCCUCGAUGCGUUAAACAGCUAUAAGAGCAGAUUUCUUUGCGGCAAGGAGAUCAAAAGGAAGAAAUGUAUCUUCCGUCUGAGAAUCCGCGUCCCGCCGAGCCCGCCGGGAAAACUGCUCCCAGAGAAGGUGACCGGUCAGACGGACAGCAGGUCUUCGGCCGACCCCAAGAAGAGAGGAAGGAGCAAGUAUUCCCAUAAAAACAGUUUACUACCCCAUGAAUGCCAAAGGCAGAAAAGGCAAGGUAUUCGGAGGAAGCAGGCCAAGUUCCUUCUGGAAGAUGCCAUCCCCAGCAGCGAUUUCACGUCUGCUUGGAGCACGAACCAUCACCUGGCCAGCAUUUUCGACUUCACGCUCGACGAAAUCCAGAGUUUGAAAAGUGCCAGCUCCGGUCAGAACUUCACCUCGGACCUUGAUUCUAACGACGCCGCUAGCACGUCCGGUUCAGCCUCCACCAGCCUGUCCUGUGAGUCUAGAGGUAAUGUUGGUAGCCGUAAAAGAAAGUUGGCUUCCAAAAUGUACACAUCUAUAGAGUCCAAGAAGAGGGCCUUGGAACAUACAGAAAGGCAGAAGGGCUGCGUCUCGGAAACCAUCGACUACGCCAGGGCUUCCGAUUUGCCGGACAACGCCAUUGACAGCCACCCGUUCGAAAGCAUCAGCGAGGACGACACGUGCCUGUCCCACCUGAAAUCCUCCAUCACCAAUUACUUCGGGGCCGCUGGGAGGUUGGCGUGCGGAGAAAAGUAUCAGGUGUUGGCCCGACGGGUGAUGCCGGAGGGGAAGGUUCAGUACUUGGUCGAGUGGGAAGGGUCCACUCCCUAUUGACGCACCCGCGCUUACAUACGUGUUUUAGGACCAAUCGUAUAACCAAA